AUUACAUUACACAAAUAAAAAAAAACAAUUUCCCCCAAUUCUCUCUCUCUCUCACACACAACUGCGCCUGAGCUGCACAGUUGCGGAUAACGACAAGCAAACUAACCGACACUUCUCUGACGAGCGCCGGGGCCUGCUUCGCCUGCGCCACCGGCGGUGCUUCUGCUGCCUCAAGAUGAGUAGAUCGCUACCCGCCGCUGUCUUACUGGCAGUGGUACUCGUCGCCGCCGCCGCGGUGUCUGAGGAUUCCAAGCUGGCCGAGGAGGGAGACGUCGCCGCUGCCAUCUUCUCCAAUGCGACCAUUACUGGGAACAAGACCAGUCCGAAGGAGGACACGUUUGCUGAUAUGAUCGACCGUGCGCUCCAGAAGGAAUUCACGGAGAAUGAGGAUCAUAAUGAAGAAAACGAUGCCGGUAGCUUCAACAACACUGUGGCUGAGCAACAGGCUGUGUUGGAAACAGUAGCUAGAGUGAAGCCAAAGAAAAAUGAAACAAAAGAAGAAAAAUCCUUUAAAUUUAAUAAAGUUUUCAACCUGGAUAAUGACAAUGGAGCUGAAGAGACCCCAACAUUAAUCGAUAGAAAGGAUAAUGUAUUUAUCAUAUCAAAUUUCAAAUCCAAAUACCCUGUGCUGCAGUUAGACUUGAGGCUCAUAUCAGACCUAGUUGUCGUCAUUGUCUCUGCAACUUGUGGUGGAAUUGCUUUUGCCUGUGCUGGACAACCGGUGCUUACUGGAUACUUAUUAGCAGGAUCACUUGUUGGACCUGGAGGUCUGAAUAUUAUCAGUGAAAUGGUGCAAGUUGAGACAGUGGCUCAGUUUGGUGUAAUUUUCCUUCUGUUUGCCCUGGGCCUGGAGUUCUCCACAACAAAGCUACGAGUUGUUCGUGCAGUUGCUAUUCUUGGAGGGUUACUUCAAAUUCUCUUUUUCAUGUGCCUAUGUGGAAUUAUAGCCUCGGCUUGUGGUGGCAGAGCUUCUGAGGGUGUAUUUGUUGGAGCUUUUCUGUCGAUGUCAUCUACAGCAGUGGUUUACAAGUUCCUGAUGGAGAAAAAUAGUACAAACGCUCUUCAUGGUCAAGUGACUAUUGGCACACUGAUCUUACAGGACUGUGCUGUAGGAUUGCUAUUUGCUAUGCUUCCGGUUCUUGGUGGAACUUCUGGUGUUAUGCAGGGGGUCAUUUCCAUGACUAAAUCGUUGGUGGUGUUGAUUGCGUUCUUGGCAGCUCUAACAGUAUUGUCGUGGACAUGUGUGCCUUGGUUCUUGAAACUCAUGAUAAGUUUGUCAUCACAGACCAACGAACUUUAUCAAUUGGCAUCUGUUGCAUUUUGCCUUCUUGUUGCUUGGACUAGCGACAAGCUUGGUCUCAGUUUAGAAUUGGGUUCAUUUGCUGCAGGAGUAAUGAUAGCCACAACCGAUCUUGGUCAGCAUACCCUUGAACAAGUUGAGCCUAUUCGCAAUAUGUUUGCUGCUCUUUUCUUGUCUAGCAUUGGCAUGCUGAUCCAUGUUCAUUUUCUAUGGAAUCAUGUUGAUAUCUUGCUGGCAUCAGUUAUACUGGUUGUCAUUGUGAAAACAAUAGUAAUUUCUGUAGUUGUCAAGGGAUUUGGCUACAACAACAAAACUUCGCUUCUUGUCGGUAUGUCUUUGGCACAAAUAGGGGAAUUUGCUUUUGUGCUUCUUAGUCGUGCCUCAAAUCUGCAUCUGGUUGAGGGGAAAGUGUAUCUGCUGCUUCUUGGAACUACAGCCCUCAGUCUGGUAACUACUCCAUUGCUUUUUAAGCUUAUACCAGCAGUUGUGCACCUAGGCAUCUUGUUACGCUGGUUUUCACCUGAAAGCCAAGUCGAGAUCGGACUCAAAGGAGACGUUCUCCGGUCUGACAGUUCUAAGCAGAGAAUCGCCUUGAUAUCUAAGGAUCGCUUGAUACAUGAAGUAUGAUAAAUUCAUCCCAACUGUGACAAGUUCCCACAUUUUUACCUCUGAAAAUUCUCCAGUUAUAGCAUCCAAUGCCCCCAAAUUGGAGAAUUCUUCUCCUGUGUUCUAACAGCAUGCCCGUGCGAAUCUCUCAUAUACAUACAUCUCUAACCAGAGUCGCAGAAGACAAAACUGCACCCACCUCAGACAGCAAACACAGGAAGUAAUCUAACUACUAGAGCCACUAACUAUCUACCAUGUAAAAUAGUUUCAGCCUUUUUCUGUGCUAUGCAAAUUUAAUUGUUCCUUUUUGGCCUUUCUGUCCGAAGCACUUAAUUGAAUCUCGCUUCCGUCUUCCUGUCUUCACCUGUAGAGCAUUGAUAUAUAUUAUCUGCGUUGAUUUGAACGGACAUGAUGUACACAAAUCUAACAAUGAAGUUGAUAGAUGAACUUUCUUCUCUGAUAUUAGUAUCAUUAUUAUUAUUAUUCGUA